UUCGCGUCAAAGGUCUGAACGAUAAUAAUGGGAAGUACUGGGAUUUAGGGCAUAAAUAUUUCUCCGACCGGAGGGAGGGAGCAAUGGAGGAAGACGACGAAAGAAGAGAGGCAGCGAUAGCAUCCGCACCGUCUCUACGCCCCAAUUUCAGGCCUACUUCCGGCAUCACCUCCGACCAGCUCUCUAAGUUUCAAGAAUUGCAUCGAAGGCGUUUACAGAUAAAAUCAAGGUCAAAAACUAAAAAUUACUCGAGGAAAGGAAAUGUUAAUGGGCAUGGCAAAUCUCAUGGUAAAGACAGCAAUGCUAAAGAAUGUUUAGAACAUAUGAAUGAAGAAGUUGAUGGUCCAACAGAAGAUUUAGCGGUUCCAAAAAGCAGUUUGGCUGAUAUUUCAUCCUCACAACAAGACAAUACAGUGUCACACAACGAGUCAAGCAAGCGCCAAAAAUUGCACUGGGGCCUUGAUGUGAAAGAGAGGUGGGAAAGAAAAUCCAACAUGUAGAGAAAUCAGCACAGCAUGUUAUCGACGCUUAUUUUAAGGAAUUAAUCAUGAACCUCAGUCACUGCUACUCAUUAUAUGUGGUCACAACCUGUGUCUGAACCACCCAUCAUUUGCACAGUCUGGCCUACCUGAAGAAGGGUUAUAGCAUUUGGGUAACUGCUGAGCACUUGGUUGCCAAAAUGAUGGGGGGAUACAUUACUGUAAAGCCAAGGGCUAUAAUAUAUCUUGUUUGGUGGACAAGAAGAUGAAGACAUCAGCAUUGAAAGAUGAACCCCUGUCCCCUUCCAUUUCUAUGUAGUUUAUUCACCAUUGAUGUUGAUUGCACUAUUUAAUGGAUUCUGUUUUCUUUUUGUCAUUGAAUGUCACAUUAUUGAAUGGAUGUAAAGUCUCUCUCU